UUUCCAGGCCGACCUGUUUGGCUGCAGCAAGAAACGGAAAGCGAUUCCACUUCCCCUCCGACUCCCCGCUCCUCAUCCCCGACCCUCUCGGGUCGCCUCUCCCGAAGACAUUUGUGAAGCUGCGAUGGGGGCUAGGGUUUCCUAGUGCCGCUUCCCUCCAUCGCCGCCUUCGCUCAGCGCUCCGCUCCACCCGGACGGUAGAUCGAGUCUUCUCCAAGUCAAAUCACAUUUGGAUCUCUAGGCGUGCGCGAGGAGACAAGGAGCGAGCAGAUCAGCACCGCACCUGCUCCUGGGCAGCGGCGAGCAGAUUGGCACCCUCCUCCCCAUCGGCGACUUCCCUCUCCGUCGGGCAUCAGCGAAUAGGGGCCGUUCCCGUCCGCAGCUUCACUCCCCACCAGGGAUUCGACACCGUCUGCGCCUCCUUCCCGUUCCGGUGUGAGCGUCACUGAAACAGCAAGAUCGGUGCCCCGACGUCCCAUCGACGACCUCCCUCAACCGCACGGUCUCAGCUUCGUUUCCACAACGAGAGGCCGGGGUUUGGCCUGAGAGAAUGCAAGAUCCUAAUGGCGACGAUUUCUCUGCCCCAAAGUUGCACAAGAAGAAGGUUGUAUACCGGCCGCUUCCAUCAGGCAUGCUGAAGGGUGAACCUGAACUGCUGCGUAGAGAGGUUCCGCAUUCAUCAGGCAUGGUCCAUAAGCUGCCCAAAAGAAGCUUGAAGAGUGAGCGCCCUGCCACACCUCCAUCUGACAGAGGGACUCCUGAUUCCCUGCCGGACUCUGGUCCUACCGAUGAAUAUCGUGCGCUGCGGAGGAAAUACAUGAUGCUGGAGGAAGAGAACUUUGCCCUGGACCAAGAACUGAACAUGGAAGAUGAGGAAAUCAAGGCACUUGAGGAGGAAAAGCUUGCCCUUCUUGAUGAGCUCGUUGUCUUGGAAGGCCUUGUUGAGCCAUCGCAGCUGCAGUCUCACCGUAGGCCAUGAGUGUAGUAUUUUGGUUUCUGACUUUCUGUGAUUGCUGUCGUUUAGUGCAAUUCAGUAACCGGUACCUGUUAAUACGUUCUGGAUGUAAACAUUGUGGUUGAAAUAGCAUAAACCUGUUAUGAAUCGAAAACCCCUUAGAUUAAUCCUAGCAGGGUCAGCUACUUGUGUUUUGUGUAACAUGAUAGGGUAUUACAAUCAGAUGAAAAUUUGGUUGCAAGGGUA